AAGAAGGUCACAUGAUGUUGGUGCAUUAUCCUCGUGGCUCGUGGAGAGCACAAGUUCGUGUUCAUGCCUUAUCGUGUCUCCUCCACCUUCUCUUUCUCUCUUUCACAAUAUUUCGAUUAAGUUAUACUACAAGGAAUUCAGAAUCAAUACGGAUAUGGAUCAACGGGAAAACAAUGAUUUCUCACAUCAGUUUGAGUCUAGUUCUGUCUCUCCUACCUCACUUGAUCCUUCUCCGAGAAAAAGGAUUGAUACGGAGGUAAAAAAUCCAAUUGUUGCUAGAAAGGUUCAGAAGGCAGACAGAGAAAAGUUGAGGAGAGAUAAGCAAAACGAGCACUUUCUUGAGCUAGGAAAUACUAUAGACCCGGAUAGACCUAAGAAUGACAAAGCAACAAUUCUGACUGAUACAAUCCAAUUGCUAAAGGAUUUAGUGGAUGAAGUUAAUAGACUUAAAACCGAGCAUGCUUCACUUACUGAAGAAUCUCGUGAGCUUACACAGGAGAAGAACGAACUCAGAGAUGAGAAGGCAUCUCUGAAAUCGGAUGUUGAUAAUCUCAAUAGACAGUACCAGCAAAGAGUGAGAUCGAUGUACCCAUGGACAGCCAUGGAUUCUCCUGUCGUAGUUGCACCAUCUUAUUCAUACCCGGUUCCUGUACCUCAAGCCCCUAUUACAAUGCACCCAUCACUUCAGCCUUUUCAUUUCUUUGGAAAUCAGAACUAUGGUGCCAUUCCUAAUCCUUGUUCGAAUUUUAUUCCCUAUCCAAACAGAAACAAUCCUCUGAAUGAGCAUUUAAUGCCUAAAGCAUCCACUUCCCAUGUUCCGAACAAACAAGAUCAUAAGACAAAAACUGAUGAUUCCAUUGAUGUGGCUACGGAACUUGAACUGAAGACACCCGGAUCUGCAUCCCAUUCGGAUAUGACGACGUCGGGUAAAAGUAAAGGAAAACAAUCUCAAAGGAAGGAGAAAAAUGUCUCGGAUAGGCACUCUUCCUCAAGUAGAUUUGAGGAUAGCUCAUCGAAUAGUGUAGGACAUCUUCCGGAAGCUACUAACAAUUCAGAAGCCUCGGGUAAUUAAUUGUUCAACUAGAGUUUGCAAUAUUUUACUCUUUUAACAUAACUUGUGAAUGCAAAUCAGUUCUUGUGUCGAUAUCGAAAAAGUAAAAAGGUUGUGAAAAUGUUGCUAAAAUGAGAUUUAUUUAUUAAGAUAAGUCUGUGGUACUUAAAAAUUUAUUGAAUGACAUAACAUUCUUUCU